UUGUUUAAAAUUUAAAAAAGUUAUGGUGGAGCAACAGAAGAAACGUUUGGAGAAUGCCAUCAGCGACAUGAUUGAGGACAUGUACCGCACCCACUUGCGCAGGAUGCAGUCCACGAUGCACCGCUGUGCCGCCCGCUGCUGCGAUGAUGAACGAGGGACAUUGGAAAGCGUCCAGAACUGCAUCGAAAAGUGUGCCGCACCCCUGAUGGAUGCCCAGGACUACUUACAGCACGAGUUGGGUCAAUUCCAGAAUCGACUCCAAAACUGCGUCCAGGAUUGCAACACCGAUGCCAGGUCCCGUCUACCCAACAAUCCAAGUGACCGGGACAUGUCCCGAUCUCAGCACAUGUUCGAGAGUUGCACGGGCAAUUGUGUGGACAAGCAUAUUAAUCUGAUUCCCGGGCUGCUCAAGUCUAUAAAGCAGACCCUGGACAAGGGUCCACCGAAAAGAUCACGCAACAUAGACGCCUAACCACGAUAUAAAACCCAUAUCAUUCCUUGGAUAGAUCGAUUAAUGCCAGUUGGAGAAGUUGACAAUAUUAUAAUUAUUUAUUGAUUAUUUUUGGUACAGCUAACCCUAAAGAUAACUUAAACGAAAUUUUGAUCCGGGGCAGGGCUUAUCGGAUGAGGGCUUAUCAAUUGCCACGUGGCGUGCCUCUUUGAACUCCAUGCUCCCGGAUGCUUUUGGGCCCUAGUUCAUCCUAAAUAUCUAGUAAUAAAGAUUCUUAGUAUUAUGCAA